AUGGCUGACACAGACCUUGAUCCUACGACGAUCAACAAGGACAAUCCCACAGAAGGGCCCCUGUCUCUCAUUGCAGAAUGCGUUAUGGACAAUUCCCAAGUGCUAAUCAACUGCAGGAACAACAGGAAGAUUCUAGCAAGGGUAAAAGCUUUCGAUCGCCAUUGUAACAUGAUUCUAGUUGAUGCCAGAGAAAUGUGGACUGUAAAAAGUUCGGGGGGCGGGAAACAAAAGUUUGUCAACAAGGAUAGGUUCAUUUCCAAAAUGUUUUUGCGUGGAGAUUCUGUAAUCGUGGUACUUCGAAAUCCUAAGUGA